CUUCUGUACUAUGUGUGUGCGAGUUUGUUGUGUUUCGGAUAGAAAGUGAGCCUGGUUUCCAGCUGAGUGCUUGCUCUCUCUCUCUCUCUCUGUGUGUGUGUUGUCAUUAUUAUCCAGUCUGCUCCCAGCUCAGAAUGGCCAGAUUCACUCAGACUGAAACAAGAAGGCAGCAGCAACCACAGCAGCCCCAUCCCGCUCACACCAGCCUGGUUUUCACUGGACCUGGGGCAACACCGAUCCAACAACCACUACUACUUAUUCCUCACCAGCACCAGUACUCUCAGAUCAUAUUUCCUAAACCCAUGAACGGGUCAGAAUCCAUUUCAAUUCAUCCGGAGAGCGGCAACAUGAAAGACCAAGAUGCCAUAAAGCUGUUUAUCGGGCAGAUACCGCGGAACCUAGAGGAAAAAGACCUGAAACCUCUAUUUGAACAGUUUGGGAAAAUCCACGAACUGACUGUUCUGAAGGACCGAUACACCGGCAUGCACAAAGGCUGCGCGUUCCUCACCUACUGCGCCCGCGAGUCGGCUAUCAAAGCCCAGAACGCCCUCCAUGAACAGAAAACACUGCCAGGGGUAAGUCUCUAACCACUUCACCACCAUGCCAUCUGAACACAGAAAACACCACCACCCACCACCUACCAGCCUACUCCAACCCGCUUCAGCCCCAGAGAUAAAAAUAAAUAAAAACUUUGGAAAAUGAUUCAAUCAAUAAUCCAGGCUUUUAAGGGCCGGUUUGAACUGUUUAAUGUGUCUGUUCUCCAGGGAAUAUAGCCAGCAUUGAUCAGAUGCACUCCACUCGCACUUUCUGAGGCAAUGCCAUCAAAUGUCAAUUCAUUUGUUCUUUGCAUUUGCUCAAAUUGGUCUCUUUACAAAAGGCUUAGUGAGUCAUUGUUGUUUACUUAGACGAAGGGGAAAACAGAAAUUAUAUGCACGAGGGAUGAAAGGGACAAUUUGAAAAUAGGAAAGGGCACUGUGUGUGAGUGUGAGAUAGGAUUUCUGCCUUUAUAAACAAAAUGUGUGCAUAUCUGUGCACGGUAUGCGUGCGUGUUUAUGCACUGUAUCUGUGUGUGUAGUGUAGUGUGUGCAUCUCUGUGUUUGUACACAGUGUGUGUGUGUGUGUGUGUGUGUGUGUGGGAGUAGUCCUCUUACCAUUUCCCCCACUAUGGCAGAUAGCAAGUGACAAGGACAUCGUCAGCAUCAGUAGUCGAGCGGAGUAGAGCCGGGUCUGCUACAGAGACAGCCUGGCUCAACAUUACCGGGUCAGAAGAACAUCACAGAUAGACAGACCAACCCCCGUCUCUGUGGAAUAAUACAAGAAGGAGCCUAGCCAAAAGGCACAUGUUUCACAUUAAACAUGCAAAUACUAACACUGCAAACUUUGAACAUUUCUGGCGCUUUUCUCGAAAAACAAGUUGUUUCUUUUAUCCUUCAAAUUUGCCAAGCUCCAGCCUGGAGGGCUUUUUUUCUUCUUAAAGAGCAUAAAACAUAUUUUUUUUAAAGAAGUUGUUCUUUGAGAGAACGCCAAGGGAUGCGUUCACGGUAGGCUAUAACUGUGUUUAGCAGUGCGUUAAAGAGAGGGGGAUUAUUUCCCAGCUCAUUCCGCCCUGCUCGUAGUCCCCUCCAUCUCGCGGAGUCGCUAAUUGCGCCCCCUUGCCUGCCUGGGAGGGCAUCCGUCAGGGUUGACCCACCACUGGGAUUAAACGGCGAGAUGUGGAUGAAUGUAUAAAUGAGGGGUACGGUGGCACCGAGGCUGGGAGGGAAAACACAGUAUCCAAACCAUCUGGCCGCUGAAAGAUUUAACAUCCACAACAUAUUAAAGAACACCAUGCCAUGUCAGGGAGAAUGAACAGCCCUGUGUAACUCCUCAACUCCAUUCUCUGCAUGUAUGUUUGUUAUAUUAUGCAUCUGUUUGUCUUUGCUGGUAGACAUGUUACAGUUACGGUACACAGACACAUGCAUUAAAUGAUAAUCAAGCACUUAUAUUGGGGCAUCCAACAAAACAAUGUCAUCCAACAAACUACGCUACCCAUACAAUCCCCAGAAACAGAAUGCAUUCUGGGUUCGUAUGAGCCUUGUAGGGUCUUCCCCACUAAUAUCCUACACUGUACUGUAGGACACUGGUACUUCUCCAGAAACCAAACCCUUCACCUGCCCGACAUGGAGUUUUAAUUCCACCGAGUAUCACUUCUACUCAUGGUGAAUACACACAGGGUAGCAUGGCGGUGCCUUCCCCUCUCCCUACUGUGCUGUGAAACAGUUACCCGUUCUCCUGCUCUAGCCCCGUGGAGACCCCCUGCCUCCUCUCUUCCUGAGACAUAACAUGUCACCCAAAUAGAACAGGCAGACAUUGCCGUGUGUCAGACCCCACCGAGACACACAUACGCAGGUGCAACAACACAGGUGCCCCCCCAACAGAGCGCGAGAUUCCCCUGUGGAAAACGAGGAUCAGAUGGGUGGUCGGAGGUAUAGCUACACCAGCUACGCUCAACAGUGUUUCUGUACUGCCUCCGGUAGUCACGACGACAACGUAGAAACACAGGCCUGCGGGAACAACACAGACACUAUCACAGCUCCAGCCACUGUACCAGUACUGGGAACACACUGCUACCAUCAAUCCAUCAGAGACGUGCUCCAUCUAGUGUACUCAGAACAGAGAGGAACCGAUAGUAGCAUGUCUGUUUUCAUGUUCUGGAAAUGGAGACAGGGCCAUGGACAGAAAUAGAGCGAGAGAGAGAUAGAGAGAGGGGAUGAUAAAGGGAUAGAUGAGUGAGACAACGUGUGUAGUAGAUAUGUUGUAGUGUAGCAGGCUGGCUGUGCUCAGUGCAUUGUGGAUUGUGUUCUGUGGGCUGGAAAAGCUUCUCUCCGCUCAGUGGCCUCUCGCCAGCCAGCCAUCAAGUCAAACAGCCAGCCAGCC